GCGUUCAGGACGCCGGCGGGAGGGCCUCGGUGACCGACCACCUGGGACUCCGUCUUCGGAGCUGCCGCAUGCGACUGUUGACGCCGCCGGCUCGUUCCGGGAGUCCGAAGGCUUCCGGACGCGAAGUACCAUUUCCAUGAAAAUCACUGAAUUUCAGACCUCUCCUGGCUGCUGAAGGACUUCUGGCGACACUGUUCACUUAGUUCAGGGAGCUGAGGCUUCAGCAGAACCCUCACCCAGGGACAUCUCAAUGGCCCUGGGAGCAGAAAAGGCAGAGGGGGAGGCAUCCUCAGACACGAAGGCCCCUUCCUGUGGGAGCUGGAGCCGCGGGGAGCAAGAGCUGAGCCCCGCAGGGCCUGUGCUCGGGGAGCAGCCGCCACGCCUGGAAGCUGAGGGAGGACCCGCCUCUCCUGUUGGGGGCACCGAGGGGCUCCCUGGCCCUGCCUGCUAUGGUGGGGUUGGCCCUGGCCCCUCCAGAGCCUGCCAGCCACCAGCGAGCGGGGCCAGCAGGGAGCCAGCAGCUGGUGGGUCUAAGCCCACUUUCAGUUGCGUGCCUUCUCCUGCUGGCCUGGAGACUGGUGAUCUGCCCUCUGCGGGAAACCAGAUGGAGACCAGGCUUCCUGUCCCGGAGGUGCUGCCUCGGGCUCGUGCCAUUCCCAGAGCUGCUGCUGUUUACUCAGGACACGAUGCUGACACCGAAGAUGACCCGUCCCCUGUGGAGUCCCCGCAGGUGCCAGACCUCUGCCCACAGUCUCCCAUCUCGGGCUUCCCGUGCCCGUCGAGGUGGAGGUCGGCUGUGAGCCCAGGGACGCCCGCGCCACCGUCUUCCAGUUGCAGUGUGUCCGCCUCCUCCCCAGGCAGCAGUCUCCAGGGUCACCAGGAAAAGGCAGAGCCUCAGAGUGGCUGCCUCGCCAAAGUCUCCUCCUCCCUGGAGCUGGCUGUCCCGCCGUCAGCGCCCUCGGUGGUAGGCCCUGGGCCUCAGCUCCAGUGGUUGCCCCAGCCUGUGUCCUCAGCGGGGGAUGCCCCCGGGCUGGGCAGGAGACGCCUCUCCUUCCAGGCCGAGUACUGGGCCUGUGUGCUGCCCGAUUCCCUGCCUCCCUCCCCAGACCGCCACUCCCCACUCUGGAACCCGAACAAAGAGUACGAAGACCUGCUGGACUACACCUAUCCUCUCAGGCCCGGGCCCCGGCUCCCGAAGCAGCUCGAUAGCCACGUGCUGGCUGAGCCCGUCCUGCAGGACUCGGGCAUAGACCUGGAUAGCUUCUCUGUCUCCCCGGCGAGCACCCUCAAGUCACCCACUAACGUCUCCCACAGUUGCCCACCAGCCGAGGCUGCUGCCCUGCCGUUCUCUGGGCCCAGAGAGCCAAGCCUUAAGCGGGGGCCCUCUGGAGUACCCCAGAAGCAGGGUGGUGUGGGGUUAGCAUCUUGCAGCCCCUUUGCCUCUACCCCCAGAGCCCCAGGCGGUAGGACCACUCCUUGGGUGAGCAGAGAGCCAGCCCGGAGGAACCUGAGGGACUGGCCACCUGUGGGCAGGCACCUUGAGCUGGGUUCUCCACACCUGAGGACAAGGGACAGAGGGUGGUCCUCACCCAGGCUGGAGAGGGAGAAGGGGACCAGCCAGGGCCUCGGGCGCCUCACCUGCACGGAGUCUGGAUGGAAACCCCAAGAGGAGGUGGAAAGUGACGACGAGUAUCUGGCCCUACCCACUCGGCUGACACAGGUUUCUAGCUUGGUUUCGUAUCUGGGCUCCAUUCCCACCUUGGUGCCCCUGUCCACGGAUGCUGCUGAAGGGCAGAACUCCCUGGAUGUGUCGGACAGUGAUGGGCCAGCUUCCCUCCCGUCAGACUCCAGUCAAAGCCAGCUUCCCUCCGGGGCUACCCUCAGAGGGUCCUGGAGCGCUGAGGACCAGAAGCACUGUUUGCUACGCUCCGUCAUCCAUGCAAGGCGCUCUGCCGGGGAGGGCAGCCUGGUGAGCGGCCAGGCCCUGGGGGUCUCCUCUGGACCAGUGAGAACCUCCUGGUCGGCAGUGUUGGAUCCAGAUGCUGAAGGGCAGCCUCCCAGGAAGGGCGGAGAGCAGGGAAGAGAGUCCCUCGUGCAGUGCGUGCAGACAUUUUGUUGUCAGCUGGAAGAGCUGAUCCACUGGCUGUAUAACGUUGCAGACACUACUGACCACCUCACUGCACCCAGAUCCAGCCUUACAGGCCUCAAGUCUUCUCUGCAGCUUUACCGGCAAUUUAAGAAAGAUAUAGAUGAACACCAGUCCCUGACGGAGAAUGUCUUACAGAAAGGGGAGAUCCUGCUUCAGAGCCUACUGGAUAAUACCCCAGUGUUAAAGGAUGUCCUGGGCAGGAUCUCUAGGCAGCCCAGCGCGCUGGAGAGACACGCGGAUCACCUGUACGACACCAUCUUGGCCUCCCUAGACACACUGGCCGGCUGCAACCUCACCCCCGACAGCACGCCAACGGCACACAGGAGCGCCGGUGUGAAGGGGAUUAGCCUGGCAUCUUCUCUGGAUGAGAUGUAAUAAUCUGUCAGUCAAAAUGUGGCUAUUGGGAAACUUUCGGAAGUCCUUGUGAGAGCCAUUUAAUAUUGAAACCAAGGGGGAAAUGUGACUCUAAUGUGCUAGCUUUAAAAUGCCUUUCUCUUCCCUGAAAGUAAGGGCUGUUGAGUUACUGUUUUUAUUUAAAUGAGUUCUUUCCAGUUAAGGUUUUCCUUUGGUGCUUCUCUACUAAGAGCAUGUAGCUUUGCAGUUGUUGAUAAAAUAAUGCGAAGGAGGCUUACAGGAUUUCCUCUCCCUCCGUCCAGUUAAAAAGAGGAGAUGGAACUCCUAAACUAGUCCAUGUACUGAGAUCAUUUAAAGAAAGCUGGUAUGAGAAAGAAGGUACCCAGUACUUGGUAUUCUCAGACAUACAAGAGGAUCCAAGAGACGACUAAGCUUAUAAAUCACUCUUUGAAGAAUGUAGAAGACACUCACUCUCUCCAAAUUAAUAGGAAGUUUUAAACAAAUAGAACCUCUGCAAAUUAUUUUGAGCUGCUAAGAUACCUUUUAUCAUCUUAAGUGCUCAGGGCUCCAUCUGCCUGCCUAACAUUUUAAAGGAGAAUGUGAUAGGGGCUUAAGAAGCUGCCAUUGAGCCCACUAAUGACCUGCCUUCAGGGUACCUCCAGGAGGAGGCAUCCUCCACUCCUCCCUGUGAAGAGUCAGAAGGGCAUGGAUAGGCUCACACAGCCUGGUUAAAUAGCUAUAGAAGUUAAGGCUGUUCAUGGUGAGGGGAAAAGGGAAUUCUUUGUUGCUUUGGGAGCUGACAUGUGAAUACCCUGGGCGGGGGGACCAAGGAGCAACCAUUUAAAGCCAGCUCUGUAGCUUUUUAAAGUAAAAUGAUUGGCCAUUGCUGGUAACCACACAUUCUGCAAAAAACAAGUGCUUUAAAAAUGUUUUAUUGGGCUGUGAAUGUACACGGAAGGAGGAAAGCACUUUCCCUGUUUACUUGUAUUCCAGUAAGCUACGACCUGAGGAAAGGGUUCUCCGCACUUAAAUAUGUGGUAAACACUUCACAAAAGUCAAAAUCCUUUCUCAAACUCUAUAGAUUCUCACUUGAUGGAGGGUGCUUAAGAAAGGAAGAUAACUUUCAUUUAUAAAGAAAUGGACAAAUCACCUGAACCCAGAGCAGGUAACAUUGGAACAGUUACUCUCAUAAAGCAGUCUUCUGAUAUCCCUCAGAAUAAAAUACUAAAUAGAAAAUUACCCUCUUUAAGAGAAGUUUAGAACUUAAAGCUGAGCAACUUAACACCAUCUCAUCCAUCUCUGAACCAAAAUCCUCAAGAGUUUAAACUGGAAAAUAAACUGUUAAUAAGUUUUAAUGUUUAAAGAUUUUAAUUCUAAAGGGAAACUAUAAAAUUCAGUAACAGUUAUAUAAAGGAGUAUUUCAAAUGCCUCUGCCAUUCUAGUAUUUAUCAAAAUGCUUAAAGGCAUAAUUUUGAUUCUGCUGUCUCAGUUUUAAUCUUGGUUCUGGACAUAGAUUUAAAAAGACAAAACACCUUCCUAGCAAUUAUUAUAUAUGUAAAAUAGUCUUAAAGGCCUUAAUUGGUAAAGAAGGCAUAUCUAAAAGCCUCUGUUCUUAUUUCACCUUCUCUUGAUGUGACUAUAAAUUGGUACAUGCCUUUCCAGUGAGUGUGUUACAGGAUAAGCCCUUGGGAGUUAAACCCAUUUAUUUACUGACAUUUUGCUAGGCAUGAAAAUGCCUUAACUAGUUAGCAAAAAAAUUGUUUCUAUAGGGUUGUCAUCUUCAAAGUGACCAAUGGUAUUUUACAGUAGUUGAAUGCUGGAAGUGCCAUUCGAUCUAAUAAUUAGCUUCAGCCGAUGGAAAUUUUCACAGACUAUUUUAUUUCAGAGUACCCUAUUUUGUAAAAAAACUGUUCCUUUUACAAAGUGAUGAUCUAAAGAUAUUUUUGUUCACUUCCUUUGCCUACUCUGGACCUACUCAUGAAUAUCACUGAAGAGUAUCAGCACAGCUAUUAAUGGUAUCUUCGGCAGUGCUAUAGGUUUAAGACCUCCCUUAAAACUCAAGUGGAAGUCGUUUCUGACUAGGCAGAUGCUGCCAGCAGCAUUUCGUGAGCAAACACGGCCAGGUUUGCUUCUAGCAGCCCAGCUGGCCAGUGCUCUGUGGUACACAUGAGCCUUAAGGACAGCAGUGGCUCACAGUGGCUCAUCAUGUAGUUACAAAACCCCAAGUUUACCUGUAGUAUAAUUCCCUAGUAGUCCCUUAAAGUAGCAGAACUUAAGUCCACAGGAAAGUGGCAGUACUGGGAGCUAGACUGGCAGUUUCAAAACCUGGGUUCUCGUUGCAGCUCCAUGGCUUAAGCUCAUCUGCAAAUAGACCAUGUCAGUACAAUGCUAUUUUGAAGCUUAAAUGGGAACACAAAGAAGGGCAGAUGUGAAACAUGCUGCAGUGACAAUAGACAUGCUAAAGUUAAUUUUGGUCCAAAGUCAAAAAAAGUCAUUGCUUAGACCAGAAUGGCCAUCAUUCUGCAAGGAUUUCCAGAGACUGACUGCUUAGGUUUAGAACAUGGGAGCUAAUUCAUAGCAACCACUUACAAAAUACAGCAAGCGAUAAUUCCCUUUACUGAGUGAAUGGAUUAUUAAAAGCCCAUAAUGUAGCUUGAAAUAUUUGUACUUGAAAAUGGGGGGUAGGAAUGGGAGUAUUUUCCCCCCAAACUGCAUUUAUUAAGAGAGUAGUGAAGCAUGCUGAAACAUCUUGUCCCAGUCUUUGACUACCACAAGGAAAACAACACUAGAAUUUUCAAAAAUAAAUAUGUAAAUAUGCUUACACCUCAAAUUCACAUAAUUUUUUUGCUAACUCACCAAGAAAAAGCUGACAGUUUGAACAACUUGCUGUGUAAAACAAAAGAGCAUUACAUUGUCUGAAAUUUGUAUCAUCUACUUUAAAAAUGUUUCUAAAUUAUUUGUUUGUACUGCAUUGAUAAGGCAAAAAAAAACCUUUUGAAGCAUUUAAAAAAAUUUCACCCAAAUUGACUAUUGGUAGCUUGAGGAGUUUUUCAGUUGCCUUAUGUGAAGAUGAAUAGA